CUUGUUGUGCUGAAAUGAUGAUUUUGAGAUUAUCACUGCUUAUCAUAAGUACCAUAAUAUGUUUAUGUUAUCGUGAGUUUCAUUGUCCGUCUCCAUCUGAAUGGAAGAUUAGAGCAAAUUGGUACUGCAAUGGGAUAACAACAUCUAGAUAUACCUGUCUAUAUAACGUUUUCAAUCAAAAAUAUGAAGAGGCCUGUAAACAUGAACCUGAUCUAUUGGAUCUAGGGGAGGAAUACAUUAUCAGUCAUCUUCCACGUGGAGAAAAAUGCAAAAAUGAAAACAAGUAUCAACCUUUUAAGCUUGACAUAAAUGUAAGCAGCGAAUGUGUCCUACGUAAAUCAUUAUGUAAUGAGGAAGGACAGGUUUUGUUUUACAAUGGAUCUUCAAAAGAAGACAGAUCAUGUCGAUGUGAUUUUACGAAUAGUUACGCUUUUGUGGUCAGGCCGCAGCAUCAAUGUAAAUGUUUACCAGCAAUGGAAGACUGCUCCUGUUACGUAAAGAAAUGCUUACCAAACUUCAAACUCACAUCUGAAUAUAUGUGUAUUCAUAGAGAUAACAAAACCUUCAUAUCUUCUUGUCCCGAUAUGAUAUAUGCAAGCUCUCAUCGUAAAGAUACAGCUUUGCAAUAUCAGUUUCGGAUAUCAGAAAAAGAAACAGACAAUAUUGAGGAUAUGUGUAAAGAACUAUAG